AUGGCCGUAUCGCCAGAACCGUCUCGUGGACCGGGGCUCGCUGCACUCUGUAUUGUUAUGAUUGUAUUGUCUACCUUAGCAGUGAUUCUUCGUAUUUGGUCCCGAUUGACGUCAAAGAAGCAGAGAUUCUGGUGGGAUGAUUGGUGUGCCAUUAUGAGUUUACCGUUGGUGCUUGCAACGCUAUCGACGAUACUCUUAUUAGUCCCCACCGGUCUUGGCCGUCAUAAAAGCCAAUUUGACCCAGAGAAGCUUUCCUUAGCCCUUAAAUACAGUUACGUACACGAACUCCUCUACCAACCUGCAAUCACAAUGCCCAAAUACUCGGCGCUUCUAUUCUACGUCCGAGUCUUCGAAAUCAAAUGGGACUCGCGCCUCUUCCGGACGAACAUAUUGGUCUGCGUAGGCCUCGUCACCGUGUGGUUCCUCUUCUCGCUUCUGUUUGAUGUCUUCCAAUGCACUCCAAUACAGAAAGUGUGGGCCCCACUGAUCCCAGGACACUGCAUCAAUACCUCCCAUUGGUUUCUGGGGCUUGCAACAGUUAGUGUGAUCAUAGAUGUCUACAUUAUGCUUCUGCCCUUGCCAAUACUGUGGAGCCUGCACGCGGGGCGCAAGCGCAAAAUGAUAUUGACGGGGUUCUUCUUUUGCGCUUAUUGCGUGAUCACUUGUUCGCUCGGCCGCGUGGUAGCCAUUGUGCAGCUCAACAAGAAAUCUGACGGAGACUUGUUAUUGGCCGAACUAGCCAUCUCGAUCGUGAGCAUCUGCCUCCCGAAUAUGACUCAGCUACUCCGCCGCGCGCAUCAACACGGAGUCUCAGCUUUAUUCACGUGUCGAGAAUAUCCAGCUGGUACGGGGAGCCGUUCGAAAAAGGGGCUGGCGGGCUUUGCGUUGCUUCAAGGGAACAAGGGAGGGUUUCAAUGUGUCGUCGGCAACGAUGAUACUACGCUACUCGCUAAUAACGAUCCAUUGAUCAACAAGAAGGACCAAAGCGGUCUGUAUAGGGCGAGUGCAUCUGCGCAACAGUCUGAGGAGGGGGCGAUUACUGCUUUGGGUCAGGUACGCCAGCGGCACGACAUAGACGUGAGAGAGAAUGGAGGCUGGGCCGUGGUUUGA